AUGUCAAUGUUUGGACGACUAUUCGGGAAGAAAAAGGAAGAAAUCACUGCAGAAGAGGCGAUAAAUCAAUUGAGAGACACGGAAGCAAUUCUGAUCAAAAAGCAGGAGUAUUAUGAACAGAAAAUUGAUGAGGAAAUCGCAACCGCAAAGAAGCACGGGCAAAAGAAUCAACGGCUUGCAUUAAAUGCGUUGAAGAGAAAGAAACAUCAUGAAUUGGAAUUGAGCCGAAUUGAUGGGACGUUGUCAAAGCUUGAAGCUCAACGAGCGGCCCUCGAAGACGCGGGAACGAAUGCCGAAGUAUUGAAAGUUCUUGCCGAUGCAUCGAAGUCGCUCAAGAAGGCGAAUCUCGAUCUCGACAUUGAUAAGGUGAAUGACUUGAUGGACGAUAUUGGUGAGCAGAUGCAAGACUCAAAAGAGCUCAACGAUGCGAUCUCGCGGCCAAUUGGUGAUGUGGCCGAUGAGGAUGAUUUGAUGGAUGAAUUGAGACAACUUGAAGAGGAAGCCAAACAAGCUCCAUCUCUUCCAUCUCGACAAUCGGAUCAAGAAAUGGACACCCUUUCCGAUCUUCCCACCGUUCCUUCCGGGCCUAUCACUCGUUCAAAGGGAAAAGUCCAAAAACAGGACACUAUGGCCGAGUUGGAGGCAUGGGCGGCUGCUAAU